AUGGAGGACAGGGUGGAUUUCGACAUCAAUGACUCGCUCAAAUACUACCUGAGCGACCCCGCCUCAGUGCCCACGCCCGACGCCGAGCCCGAGUUAGUCGACUGCGAAAAUGAGACUGAGCUGCUCUCAAUAUCGCUCAUCGACGGAGUCAUCAACCCCAUUGUCGAUGGCGUCGUUGCUAACCCCGAAGCACUGAUGCGGCCUUCGUUCUUCGAUUCGCUGCAGGUUCUUCUAAAAUGCUGCACCGUGUUACCGUCGAAGAGUCUGAGCAAGAUCCUCGAUCUGAUCGUGUCGGGGCUCGCUGUCGAAGCCGAUAUCAUACAUAGCGACUUGGAGGCCGACGAGCAGGAGGCUGUCCAACAACAUAAGCAGCUACUGGAGAUGUACGGCUUCUUGCUGCAAUGGGCUCUCUCGGCCGUGGAAGUCAAGGCCGCCGAGAAGCCCGCGGCUGCCGCUCCUGCACGUCGCGCUGGGAAAUCCGGAAAAUCAAAGCAAUCGGCCAAAGAUGGAAAUUGGGAUUGGACAGCGCAAAUACAGAUUUCCAUGGAGGUUAUGUGCAAAGUGCUGAAACUGAAGCUGGGAAAGAUUUUUCUAACAACCUCCGACCGAGACACUUUCGUCAAUCUCUUCACCCGCUCAAUAUAUCUACUGUUGGAAAACGAACAACGCGUAAAAAAUAUGGCCAUUCGGAUGCACGCUUUCAAAGUUCUAUGUAUUGCUGUGAAACACCAUGGCCAUGCUUUCGGCGCUCAAACUUCCAUCGUACAGAGUUUAACCUAUUUCGAACACUUGUCUGAGCCAAUGGCCGAGUUUCUUCAUAUCCUUGCAGAGCAAUACGAUUACACGCAAUUAGGAGAUGAGAUUUUACGGGAGCUUGCAAAUAAGGAAUUCAAUAGUAAUGAUACGAGAGGCCCCAAGUCAGUGUCUACUUUUAUAGUGAAACUGUCAGAGCUGGCUCCCCGACUGGUCAUAAAACAAAUGACGCUGUUGGCAAAGCAGCUGGAUAGCGAGUCAUAUACACUACGCUGUUCUAUUAUCGAAGUGUGUGGUAACCUAAUCGCCGACCUCAGCAAAGAAGAAGAGAGAGGCGAUAGCUCCAAGUCACAGAUCAAUGCGUUCUUUGAUGUGCUCGAAGAACGCUUCCUAGAUAUCAACCCCUACUGUCGUUGCCGCGCAAUCCAGGUUUAUAUGCGACUCUGUGACCUGGAUCAAAAGUUUCCCAAACGCCGGCAAACAGCUGCUGAAUUGGCAGCUAGAAGCCUCGAGGAUAAGAGCAGUAAUGUCCGAAGGAACGCCAUCAAACUUCUAGCAAGGCUUGUGUCUACGCACCCCUUCAGCGUGAUGCAUGGUGGCCAGCUGGCAUACGAGGACUGGGCCGCGCGUCUUGAAGCCGUCGAUGCUGAGCUAAAUGCUCUCAGACCUCCUCCGGAGACUCCAGGACUAGGCGAGACCCAUAUAGAUAGUGAGCUGUUGGAUGAUGCGACGCAGCUUCCGGACGAAUCUCCUUCAAAAGCACCAAGGAUGACUGACGAGGAGAAAGCCGCCGCCGUACAGAAAGCUGCGGAGGAAGCUGCAACGUCAGAACUUCUUACGAGAUUGCAGUUGACUCGCAAAUACUAUCUAGAAGCCCUACGUUUCAUCCAAGUUUUACAUUCAGCUUCACAAAACGUAUGCCAACUCCUGUCAGCCCGCAACAAGAGUGAGGUCAUCGAAGCCAUGGACUUCUUCGUGGUCAUUGAUGCAUACAAAGUGGAGACCGCCAGAACUGGGAUUAGACGCAUGUUACGUCUCAUCUGGACCAAAGGAAAUAGUGACGAAGGGAAGGGCGUCCAAACGCAUCUGAUUGACUGCUACAAGGGCCUCUUUUUCGAUGCACCAGGUAGUUUCAGUGCGAACGAUGCCGCAAAUUACAUUGCUCGCAACAUGAUCAGCUUAACUUUUGGUUCCACCCAGGCAGAGCUAACCUCACUUGAACAACUGCUGAGCACGAUGAUGAAAUCGGGUCACAUAUCAGAAGCCGUCGUUGCCAAGCUCUGGCAAGUAUAUAGUGUACAGAGAAGGGAGAUAUCGAAGGCACAGAGACGGGGAUCGAUCAUUGUACUCGGAAUGCUUUCACUUGCUGACCCAGAGAUCGUCGUGAGGGAAACAGAGGCGAUGUUGCGCAUUGGCCUUGGAGACCUUGGAAGGUCUGAUCUUGUGCUUGCGCGAUAUACCUGCGUCGCCUUGAGGCGAAUGGCCCCUGGCCGUCAAGCUAAGAAUAAAGAAAAUGGUAUCGCCAAGUUGCCUAACGAUCAUCCUGUACUGGCCAAAUUGGCAGCAAUUACAGAAAUUUCAUCGGACAGCAAAGAAUGGUACGGAGUAGCGGAACAAGCAAUCAGUGCUAUCUACGCACUUUCGAAGCACCCAGAUGUCCUGUGUUCUGAUAUCGUUCGGCGAAAGACAAGGGCCGUUUUUCAAGCAAGCGCUCGCCAAUCCCCUAGUCAAACAAUGCUUGAAAAUGCGGAUCAACAACCGUCUACUGCAAAUAGCGAGGCUUCAGCAACGACUUCUAAAAGCACGUCCUCCGGACUGUCUCAAUUGCUCUUUAUAGUCGGCCACAUUGCUAUCAAGCAGAUAGUCCACCUCGAGCUAUGUGAGCUUGAAUUUAAGAGGAGAAAGGCAGAGCAAGAGAAAAACAAAACAAGCAAUGCAGACUCUCAGCAGAAAGACCAGGAAGAUGACAACGAAUUAGAUCUCAUUGGCGGAACAACGGAAGAUGAUUUCACAGAGGCCAUGGCACACAUUCGAGAGCGAGAACUUCUCUACGGGGACAGCUCCCUGUUAACCAAUUUCGGCCCUCUGGUGACCGAAAUUUGUGCCAACAACAAUGCUUAUCCCGACCCAAAUCUCCAAGCUGCUGCGACGUUAUGCAUGGCCAAGCUGAUGUGCGUCUCUGCAGAGUAUUGCGAGAAAAACUUGCCACUUCUCAUCACAAUUAUGGAGCGUUCUGAGGAUCCUAUUGUUCGCAGCAACGCAGUCAUUGCUCUGGGAGACAUGGCAGUAUGCUUUAACCACCUAAUUGAUGAGAACACGGACUUCCUCUACCGACGUCUAAACGAUGGCGAAGCCUCAGUGAAAAGAACGUGUCUGAUGACAUUGACCUUCCUCAUUUUAGCCGGACAAGUCAAGGUCAAGGGACAAUUGGGCGAGAUGGCCAAGUGUCUUGAGGACGAUGAUAAGCGGAUUGCAGACUUGGCACGCAUGUUCUUCACCGAACUGGCGACCAAGGAUAACGCGGUUUAUAAUCAUUUCGUUGAUAUGUUCAGUCUCCUGAGCUCGGAGAAGAAUAUCGAAGAAGGCUCACUGAGACGAAUCAUCAAGUUUCUUGCUGGCUUUGUCGAGAAGGAAAAACACGCCAAACAACUUGCCGAAAAGCUUGCUGCGCGUCUCGGACGCUGCGAGACAGAGAGACAAUGGAACGAUGUGGCAUAUGCAUUGUCAUUACUGCAACAUAAGAACGAAGAAAUCACAAAGACAGUUGGGGCAGGUUUCCGAGUUGUCACGGCGAGUGCAUAA